GUAACCAUUGAAUGAGACUUCAGAAGCAGGUUGUGAAAACUGACAGAAAAUGGCAUAUCGAAGAGAGGAAAUGUGGUCUGAAGGGCGAUACGACUAUGACAGACUUCCAAGAGAACGGCUUCCUCCAAGGGUUCAUCCUGAUGCAAGUGAUGACUACCAUAGAGUAGUAAACGUUGUGCCCAAGAAACCACCACUGCUCGAAAGACCUGGGGAAGGGAGUUACAGUCGGUAUGAUGAUUACAGUCACGUUGACUACAGAGACUAUGAGGAGGGUCGCAGUUUUGCCCAUGAACGAAGAAGUGGUCCACCACACCGAGGUGUACGUAAGGAUGAAUCAGGAUACAGAUGGCCAAGGGACGAUCAUCCUAUAAGUCGGCAGCCUGAAUACAGGGACAUCAGAGAUGGCUUCAGAAGAAAAAGCUUCUAUCCUUCCCACUAUAUGAGAGAGCGAUCCCCUCAUAAGAGGGACUCUCCUUUCUUCAGGGAAUCGCCUGUGAGCCGAAGGGAUUCUCCGCACAGCAGAUCUGGUUCUAGCGUCAGCAGUAGGAGCUACUCUCCUGAAAGAAGCAAAGUCUAUCCUUUCCACCAGUCCCAGCAUAGCAGAAGUAUGUCAUCUUUACAUAAAAGAAAUAUUUCUUCUCAGCAAGGUAAAGAGAGGACUUCAGCUCAAUCAUUGAAAACAUCAAGAGAUGCAUCACCAUCAGGUUCCACAGCAGUACCCUCAUCAAAGGCCUUGGAUAAGAGCAACAGACUAUCGGAAAAGGAACUUGCAGAAGCAGCAAGCAAGUGGGCAGCUGAAAAGUCGGAGAAGGCCGAUGAAAGCAAUUUACCUGAACUUACAGAAUAUGAUGCCGGAUCUUCAGCUCCGUUAUAUGCUGAACAAACAGAGGAAACGGAAACAAAUAUAACGGAUAGCACAGAAUUAUAUGAGGAUGGCCAGCAUCUUGGCCGCUCAAAAGCAAUUGCCACCAAGACCAAGGAGAUUGAACAGGUCUACAGACAAGACUGUGAAACCUUUGGCAUGGUGGUGAAGAUGCUAAUUGAUAAAGAUCCUUCAUUAGAGAAGUCCAUUCAGUUUGCCCUCAGACAGAAUUUGCAUGAAAUAGGUGAGCGGUGCAUAGAAGAACUCAAACAUUUUAUUGCCCAGUACGAUGCUGCCAAUCAAGACUUGUCAGAAUCCUUCAAAGAGGGCCCAUAUUAAGGACAAAAAUACACUUUUAGAUCCUCUGUACUGUGCACGCCAUAAUAUACAAGUAUGCUUUUUGGCAGUGGAAGAGGAAUUCUUGUUGGAAAUCUGAACCCAAGGCCUGUGUUUCUCGUAGCUAAGAUGGCCCUACCUUGUUCAUUGUGAUCUUCACAAUUGUAUUCUUCCUACCUGUACUUGUUGACAUUUAUUCCUUUGAAAAGGAUAUUCUCUUCAAUAAUGCUGUAAAGUGACAAACUAUUUUUGGAACUUUUACACAGUUGCCUAGGAAAAAAUGUUCGGUCUGAUGUAUGUACGCUUACGUUUCAGUGUUUAGAAGUGUAACUACAAGCACUGUAUUUUUUAUUAAAAUAACAAGAAAUAGCUCUUCACUUGUCAAUUUACUCAGAACUAUAUCCUGUUUUCAUAAUGCUAUAGGAAGACUUGCAAGAUUGUUUGCAACUAUGAUUUACAUUAUUUAUUAUAGUUUAGUUUUGAUCCUCAGAUUCAUUCUGUAAAAUGACACUAGGGCUUAUGUCUCUAGCCUCUGACUGCCAGAGCCACUUUACCUGCUUCAUGCAGGAAGUGAUGUAUGUACUUUUCCUCUAAUUGCAGGUUCUGCAAAUGCCUUUUAAAUUUUGGUAUUUCCUGUAUUGUGAGUCGUUACUAGUAAGCAGUAUUAUGUAGGAUAAGUUCCAUUUUUUUGUUAAUAUUUGCAGCUAAAACUUUCCUUUUUUAUUUUUUGACUACACCUUAUCUAGCGUAACUGCAGGCAGUCUCUGAAGAAGGGAAGGUCUAUCCCCUUGCAUUCUCCCUCUUCCCCCUGCCCCCUUCUCACCACUUUUCAUGGGUCAGUUUUAACAAUUGAGGGGCUCCAUAAUCCCUAGUUCUGGCAUUAAGAAGGGGUAGGAAUUUGGGGUGUCAAGUGGGUGGGACAAGGGAAGUUAGCAGGACUGUCUCUUUAGCAAAUCUAAGUCACCCCAAAUUGAUUGGCACUUCAAACCUAGCUGAUUCUUUGUAAUGUCUGGAGUCGCUUCUGACCUGAUAGGGUUACUUUUAGUGGGGGACAAAAAUGAUUGAGGAGAGUCAAGAGCUACAUGAUUGGUUUUCAAAGAUGAAAUAUAUCUAGGACUCAUGGGUGGUAUUCUGGCUAUUGCAUUAUGUACAGGUUUACUUUUAGUGAGAUACUGUUUUUUAUGGAUGUUUUAGGAAUGGGAGAAUUUGAGUCAUAAUCAGAAAGAAGAAAGUGUAAGCAUGAUUGUUUUUAUACAUUUGUACUUAAAGAUGUGAAGUUGUAUAUAAGGAUAAAUGACUAAAGCUCACCAAUUCCAAAAUGCGCAGUAUUUUUAAGUGGAAAAAGUCAGCGAACUCCAUCCCCAAUCGAGUAGCUUUUCAGACUUCAUCAGAAUGAUUUGCACAAAGGUAAAUACAACGGCAAUGAUUUUGCAUCCACAAGGUACUGUAUGUGUCACAGCACCUUACACGUGCAAAUCUUCAUCUGGAUAUUAAAGAAUAUAUUGCAUCAGAUUCCUGAGAUGCCUGAUUAGUUUUAACGUCAGUAGGGUGUGGUUUUGCACUUGGCGCUUGUUGGCGCUCUUGGUUUCUAAGAGUUCACAUUGCUCAAAGGGGAUGACCUGCCACUUACCUUGUUGGCAGUAGGGAUUGUGUGGGCUGCCCAGUGAGUGGGAAUCUGCUCACUGAUCCUACUCAAAAACUAUUUUGGGAUGGGAGAGAGGGGAAGAGAGGCAACCUGUUGUGGCACAGUAGCUAGACCUGACCUGCCCUUUUGACAGCAACAGGGCUUGCCCAAGAUCAGUCAUUAAACUAGAGGCAAAAUCUUCUUUGAGGAAGAAAUGAAACUAAAGUACUUCAGUGCUUGUCUGCAGAAUGGAGAGUCUUCAAGCUGUUAAUGCUUUUGACUCAUUUAGAAACAUCAGAGUUUGUACUUUUGAGUUAGAAAUGCUAGGGAAAAAAUACUGAAAUUAUGUUUAAUAUUUUUGAUUAAAAACGUCUUUUAUGACUGUACAUUGUGUUAGGAGUCUCCUUUGUUAUCACAGUGAAAUUUAAUCAGACUUCUAAAAGUGUCUGAUUUUUCGAGUCUGAUUUUCUAUAAAGUAAGACCUAAGCUUACAAUGUUCUUGGUGGUUUUUCAGAUUAGCUAAUAGGUUAAUUAAAUCUUUCAGAAGUUUCUGUUAGGUUGUUCUUAGCUUAAUCUGAUAUUUUUUAAUUUCGAUUAAAUUUUACUAAUGAACUGAGGAGACUUUUUUUUUUCUAGAUGCUAUUUCUAUGAAAGGCUUAAUAUGAUGUUCUGGUUCAUGAGUGACAGGUUACUGUUUUCACCUGUUUAAUACUUCUCAUUAUGUUAAAUGUCCAUGCUUAACCCUUUGUGAUGUGUGCUUUAUGUUGAUUUAAGUAAAGUAUUAUGCCAGUCACUUAA